AUGAGGCCCGGCCUCCACCUCCCCUCUCUCUCGCGCGUCACCUCGUCCGUCACCGCCAGCGCGCGCUCGUCACGCCCCGCGUCGUCGCCCCGUUCACCGUGCCUCCCCUACUGUCGCCUGGCUUGUGUGCCCCCGCGCCGCUCCGCCUCGCGCUCACCGCGGCCCCAGCACGCAUGCCUCACCGCACUCACGCCGUCCGCCCCGCACGGCCACCUCGUGCUGCUCCUCCCCAACGGUCACCGCACGCGCCGCCGGCAACGGCCGCACACGCCCAGCUCCCCCUUCUGCUGCUUCCGCCAGCCACCCCGCCCGCACGGCCCCGCUUCUCGCGCCGGCGCUCACCGCGGCGCCAUGUACGCUCUGGCCCUUCCUGCUGCUGCAGUACGCCGGGGCCUCGGUGCCCCUCGGUGCCCGCUGCGCCUCUCGCCGUCGCCUGCGCUGCCCCGCGCUCCGCCGUUGCCGCACGCGGUCGCAACCCCUCGCGUGUGCCCCCGCGCCACCACCUCCAGCCUCGCCGCGCCGCCCUGCUCCGGCCCGUCUCCCAUGCUCGGGCCGCCGGCCCGUGCCGUCCGCGCCCCCUCGCCUCGUCGUUCCAGCGCCCUGCUGUUGGCCUGGGCGGGCACCCAUUCAGGCUGGCGCCCGUCGCCUGCACGCCCGAUCCACUAG